UGAAACGUUCGGGACGCCCGGCGUCGUUUCCGUCCGCAAGCGGAAAUACUAAUAUAUUCGCGUUUCAAGUUUGUUUGUGUUGUUACACGUUAUUGACGUUUAUAGUUAAAAUAUUAGUGUUGUUAAAUUUCUUUUUACAGUGUUGUUUUACGUGAGUUUUCAGAACUUUGUACGUCUUCCAAAUAUCAGUAUUAUAAUAAAGUCGAAAUGUUAUUACACAAAACCACAAGUGCCAGUAGUGAAAUGAAUUAGUGCAUAUCGAAAGGAAAGCACUCUCGCCAGCUAGUCGGAAUGUUUCCUGGAUGUAUACGAGCCCCGAGAUCCGCACAAGGAUCUACAGACGAUAUUACAAAGCAGACCAAAUCAAUUGUUCAGAUUUACACGGAUUGGGCGAAUCAUUAUUUGGAGAAGGCUCGCAGCAAAAAGAGAGUUAAUUCGUUGGCCACUGAUUGCAGUGACGGCGUCCUUUUGGCAGAAGUUAUAGAAUCAGUUACUUGCCAAAAAAUUCCGGACAUAAACCGAAAACCCAAAACUCCAUCACAAAUGUUGGACAACAUUAACAUUUGCCUGAGCGUUCUACGCACGCAGCACGUAUCAGGCGUCGAGAGCGUCUCCGGACAAGAUUUAAGGGAUGGCAGACUUAAAGCUGUUCUAGCCCUUUUCUUUGCGUUGUCGAGGCACAAACAGGCUACAAAACAAAAGGCCCAUCACAUUCAACAGCAGCAGCAGCAAUUUCAACAGAUCGACAUGACGCCUAACAGAAAUCCCCGAGUACCUGGAAGCCUCACAGUGUUGACAGAACAAUCCUCAAGAAGGGGGCGUGUGGAGGAACCGCCACCUCCACCCGCCCCUAGGGUUUCGUCCAGAUCAUCACGUAAUGCGGCACAAAUUCAAGAUGGCAAACACGGACAGUGGAAACGAUACACGGACUCUCCGGGAGUAGGAAGUCCACCGCCCCCACCCGCACCGGCACCUUCCAGUCCUACGGGCAGCCGAAGAGAACGGAGAAGCAGUCCACAUGGCAGUAAAGAAAAAAGUUCCAAAGUCAGAGGGGUGCCACAAAGUUUCGGGUACAUCAAAAGGAAUAGCAACUCAAAUGGGACCAACGGAACUUGUUCUGUUAAUGGAACUUCUCCCCCCGCGACAGCUGCCGCAACACAAAACUCUUCUGGAAAAACCGCUCAAGUUUCCGCCGUACCUCGAACCAAAGUUAAAGUAUCUGGAGGUACACAAACUUGUUCCAGCGAUCUUCAACAGCCUCAAAAGACCCAAUACAAGAGCUAUUCCUUAACUGGUAAUACCGCAAAUCAACUCAGCCAAUCGGUGAGGGAACGUUUACUAAUGGGCUCACAAAGUUUACCCAAAGGUGCCGGAAGUGGACAAGAGUAUGGUCUCGUGCUAAGGCAAGCAAGGGUUAAAGCUAGCGAUGGAUCUUUAUCUGACACUCAAGUUGUCGAUGUAUCUAGUCCAUACGCCCCGUGGCUGAGGCACAGCAAUACUUACUCCGUAGCUCCAAGAUUAUCCGAAACAGAUAGUUUGGAAAGCUUAUCUAGUAUACCUGGUCAUCGUGGUAGUUUAACUCAUACACGAUUACUCAGAGAUUCUCCUUCUAGGCUUAGUAGAAGUAAUAGUAUUAGCUAUCUGAGAGAUCGGACAUUUCCAAGGUCGACAAAAUCUGAAAAAUUGUACCCUUCGAUGCUGCAUCGUAACACUGAACCCGACACGGAGCCAUAUUAUUGUCUACCCGUUGGUGCCGUCCUUAGCCAUUGGUCUCAACCGACAAGUCCCGCGCCCGGUUCCACACGAACGUUUCCUUUAUCACCGACACAUUCUACUCCACGUCACAGCAUUCCUAAAAAUGACGAUGUGCACGGGUCUUCCAUCAGCUUAGUAUCGACCGCAUCCAGUUUAUAUUCAUCCGCGGAGGAGAAACAAGCUCACGAAAUCCGAAAGUUGCGUAGAGAACUUACUGAAGCUCAAGAGAAAGUGCAGACCCUCACCUCACAACUUAGUACUAACGCUCAUGUGGUAGCAGCUUUUGAACAAAGUUUAUCGUCAAUGACCCAAAGACUGCAAAAUCUCACCGCAACUGCAGAAAAAAAGGAUUCCGAGUUGUCCGAAUUGAAAGCAGCAAUGGAGUCGCUACGAGCACAAUCCUCACAAGUGGGUAUUGGACUUGGAUUAGCGCGACAACCAUCAUCGGACAGUGUGUCUAGUCUUUCAUCUGCAUGUAGCUUAGAGAAGCACGAGAAGAAGAAGAAGAAAGGAUGGAGCACACGAGGCUUAAAGUUACGGAGUUCCUUUACAAAGGCAUUCUCACGGAACGCCAAAGUAACAAAAGUACAAACACAACAAACCGAAUCGGAGAACGAAAGACAGCCAUCGCCGCCGCCACCCGCUCCGAUCGAUUCGGGAGCGGAAGUUGCUGAAUUACAGAAACAGUUGCGUGAGAAGGAUCUAGUUUUAACCGAUAUCCGAUUGGAAGCUCUGAGUUCUGCACAUCAAUUGGAAAGCUUAAAAGAUACUGUGAUGAAAAUGAGGAGUGAAAUGUUAAACUUAAAACAAAAUAACGAACGACUUCAAAGGCUUGUGGGUGGGAGUACGACGGUUCCGCCUGACGUGGUUAAUAGUGGUACGAUGGAUCCGAUUAAUGAUCUGAUUGCUAUAGAGGAACCGCCACCAGAAGUCGAACCCGAUGGAAAGCGAAUUGUACUGACGGUGUAUUUGGGCCAACCCCAUUGCUUUGAGAAAUACUACGUGGAGCACUAUGGUAGCGAUGGGAACGGAAUAAAUGCGACAGGGGAAAUUGCAAUCGCCCACACCAGUGUCGGCGCGGCCACUUCGUGGUCUCAAUUAGACAAUGCAGUGCGAAGAGCAUUCAAACAGCACGUCGCCAGAUUAGAUCCUGGAGGCGGGUUGGGUUUAGGGGGAGAUUCGAUCGCGUGCUACAAGCUCGGGGAAUCAGAAAGAAGAUUUGAUUCUACUUCCCAACCUCCCCACUUGUUACCAUUCGGAUACGUGAUUGGAUGUGUAACGUCCCUGCAUAUUGUCUUGCAACCCGUUGCGGCAUUAGCAUUUGAAGCUUUAAUUCCCAAAGGGGUCGCUCAAAGGUUUGUGUCUUUACUAUCCGAACAUCGUAGAUUAGUUUUGUGUGGAGCGCCAGGAACAGGCAAGACGCACUUAGCGACACGUCUCGCCGAAUUUCACGCACAAUCGUUGGGACGUGAUCCUGCCGAAGCUGUAGCAACUUUCAACUGUGAUAACAAAUCGGGUAAGGAAUUACGACAAUACCUAAAUCACUUGGGUGAACAAGCAGCAACAGGUGACAAUAAUGUACUACCGUGCGUGGUAGUUCUUGAUAAUCUGCAUAAAGCGGGCCCUUUAGCUGAUGCUCUUGGAUCCCUUCCACGAAAUUUACCUUGUUUACUGGGGACCAUGGCACAAUCCGCUUGUUCGGCCACAAGUCUGCAACUUCAGCACGGAUUUCGGUGGGUCUUGGUUGCACCUCAUAUGGAACCCGCUCGCGGAUUAUUAGGACGGGUCCUAAGAAGGCGCCUUGCAAGUUUAGAAUUGGAACAAGGCCUACAACCCGAACUAGCGGCCGUGCUGGGAUGGUUACCUCGCGUCUGGCAACAUUUAAAUGCUUUCCUGGAGACUCACAGCUCGGGUGACGUCGCAAUUGGUCCUCGAUUGUUUUUGGGUUGCCCCCUCGAAUUGGACGCCGCGAGAGCUUGGUUUGCUGACGUCUGGAAUUAUUCCAUCGCGCCUUACUUGCGGGAGGCGGCUAGGGAGGGGUUACAACUUUAUGGUAGACGAGCGCCGUGGACGGAUCCCUGUCAGUUUAUUUUAGAAACAUAUCCGUGGCCAGGAGCACCUCCGCAGGGCCUGACGAGUAUUACGGCUCGCGACAUUGGGAUUGACACUGGCCCCAGUUCGCAAGCUGACAAUGAUGGCGACCCUUUACUCAACAUGCUAAUGCGUUUACAGGAAGCUGCAAACUAUUCCAGUCCGCAUUCCAAUGAUUCGGAUUGUAAUAGUUUAGACUCGACAAUGACUCACGAUGGAAACAUUGGAACGGAAAGUGUUUCCUAAUACCUACUAAAACCACCUGCACAGCUUACAUAUAAAUGAAAAUUUCAUUUAAAAUGUAUUGCCUGUGACGUAGAACAUCAUAAA